AUGGAUAGAAAGCAAAACUGGAAAAGGAAGGGGCUGACCAAACCCAAUCGUGUGCGGCAGGGUCCAUUUUUGGCAGAAAAGGAGUACGGAUACCGUUAUAGUAAGUUUUCUAGAAGGGGACAUGGUAACAGGAGGCCAGAUGAAAAUGUGGUAAUUUCUACCAGGUCGAGCACGCGUGACCAAGUGACAACAAGGGAAUGGAAUGAUCUCCCUUCAGAACUUUUACCAUCCAUUGCUGAUCGUUUAGGUAUAAUCGAGCUACUCCGGUUCCGUGGUGUCUGCAAGGAUUGGAAUUUCGCUUCUUCGACCGCUUCGGCAGAGAUCGAAGCCUUACCAAAUCGUGAUCCUUGGUUCCUACUCUACGGAGAAAACAACAAUUCACAAUGCACGUUGGUGACUGAAUCAGGCAAACAAUACAUCAUUACUAUACCCGAAAUGGAUGGAGCAACCUGCCUCGCAUCAAGCCAAGGAUGGCUCCUCGUAUACCGCGAAGGCUUGAUAUUCUUCUUCUGCCCUUUCUCUCGUGCUCGAAUUGAUCUUCCAGUCCCAACCAAGUUCCCUCCUAUGGGAAUAUCUGACCAUGUAGCCGUGUUUUCAACUCCUCCAACUUCACAAGACUGUGUCGUAUGCAUCAUUUGCAGGACCAACAAAACGGAUGACUUAGAACUGUACGUGAUCCACCGCGGAGCCACUUCAUGGACAAAGCACAAACUCAAUUCAUUCCCGAACAAAAUCGAAUGCGCCGCAUACCACAACGGCGUGUUCUACUACUUCGACAACACCGAUUUAAUGGUUUGCUUCUCGAUCAAGGAUCGAAGCAUAAGCUUGGGGAAGGUACGUUACGUGAAAUCAUCGAACGAAAGAUGUAUCCCAUUAAGAUUCAUUUCGAAUGUCGAGAAAGAAGAUAUGAAGAAACGAUUGGAUUUAGAACUGGGAGAUGUUUCUACUUGUGGGACAACAGUUUCUUGUCUCAAUGCUGAUAAGAUGGUACCCUACGAAAAUAGAGCGAAUGCUAAAGGAGGUGGAACCCGUCGCUCCAAAGGGGUAUGGUUUCAACCUCGUUUCCAUCAAAUUGACAAAAUGCUAAGUUGGUGA